UCAUUGCCGCCGCAUCUCUCUCCCAUAUGCCCGUUGCGGGCCUCUAACUGAGUCCGGUUCGGAGUUGUCUCUCAUGAAUGCUCAGCCUGCGGCUCCAUCGCCUGGGCUCCUGGCCGGCUACCACCCGGCGCAGCCGGCGCUAACGCCAUCGGCCCCUGGGACCGGGGGCUCGGCCGGCCGCGGUCCGCCGCCAUCUUCCUCGGCCCAAGGCCCGGCCGCCUACGGCCUGGGCGUCUCAUCCCCGCCGGCCCCGGCUCCGGCCCCGAGUGCCUCGAAGGAUUCGCUUGCCAUCGUCCGUCGGUCGCCGACCGACGAGGCGGACGCCCUGCUUGACUCCACCUGCCAAUUCCCCUGCCGCUUUCCCGACAGCAAUGGUCGGUGCACGAUCUCCCGAAAUGACGCUCGCUAUGAGCGCCACAUGCGCCACGUCCACAAGAUGGUGAUCAUUCGACGGGCCCUCUUCCAGGACAAGCACUAUGAACGGUCCUUCCGGCGCGACUUGCAGACACUCUCCUUCACAUGUCCCGCCUGCUCGAAGGCCUUCCUCAAUUCCGGAUCUUUCAGCAACCAUCUGAGCGGGCACUGCCCGGAAUUCAAGCAGCGGCCUGACAAAUACUUGAACCUGGUCGAUCCACCGCCGGCAUCUGCCUCCAGCUCUACCACGCGCGCUGCUCCCGCUGACGCCCCUCCAGCGGCGACCGCGCCCGGCUCCCGAGCCCAGGCCUCUUCGCGCACGCCCUCCCCCGAUUUCUCGGAUCCCCCUUCCACCGGAAGCGCCCCGCUGACUGCCUCGGAGGCCAGUGCCCCCGCUGCCACUACAGCCGAGCAGGGCAAUGCGCGCGGAGCCCCCCGGCCGCGCAUCCACCCGCCCAGCCAGAGUACCGCCACCGCCGCCGUUGCUGCCGCGACUGCCAGUGCCUCGGCCGCCGCCGCCGCCGCCGCCGCCGCCGCCACCACCACCACCACCACUGCACCCGGUCCUCCCCCGGCCAUCGGCACCGACAUGUCGAGCAUGCCCCCCUUCAGCUCGGCGGCUGCGGCCGCCGCAGCUGCCGCAGCAGCCCGCGCCUACCCCCUGCCGCACAUGCCGAUUGCGCCGGCCCUUCACUCGUCCUACUCGCCGCUGCUGUCACAUCACACCUCCCCGCACCUGGGCUACACCAGUCUAUACAACCCCUAUAUGCCCUCCUCCGCUGCCAUCGCCGUCGGUGCCGCGGUCGUCGCCGCCAUGGCCAAUUCCAGCCUGCAAGGGGGUUCCGCCGCCGCCGCCGCCGCCGCCGCCGCGCCCGGCGGACACCUGGCCACCAUCCCCGACUCGCUUGCCGCCUAUGGCCUGCCCCCGGUAGCCCCGUCCUCCGUCACCUCGAUGCCAGUGUCAGCUCUCACGUCCACCUUCUCCGCGGAUCCCCCGGCCUCGGCGACCGAGCUGACGGCCAUCCCUCCUGCGCGUGACCCCAACAGCACCUACCUGCCGGGGAUGUUACUCUCCGAGCCCCCGACUGCCUCCUCCUCGGAGCUUGGGCACUAUCUGCCCCCGGCUAUGAGGGGCCCCUCAAUCGACUCACGCCCCCCGGCUGGGGCAUUUUCCGAGCCGCUGCACCCCGCCUCGGCCUGGUCCAUGCCGGGUGCCGCGACUCCGGGUGUCCUGUUGCCGGAUUUGCCGGCCCUCCCGACGACCGGCUCCACGGUGGCCAUCCCGCUUCCCUCCCCGAAGCCCAGUCUAGUGGCCACGCCGAUCGAUGCCCCGACCACGGUCCUGCCAGUCAGCGGGGCCUCUCCCUCCGGGGAGUUGUCCCGCGACACCGGAAGCGGAGGGGAUAUGCCAGCCGCGGUUGUGGACCCCCUUCCCCUGGGGCCGGGCGCCCUUCCCGGGCCACCCGGUCCCCCGGAGGACCCACCGCUGGCGACCGGCUCCAUCGAGACAAUCGAAUCCCACGAAACGGAUCUCCCCUCGGAGGCGUCCCAGGCUGCACCUUCGUCCCAGCUCGACCCGUCGAGCCCGGGGUCCGAAUUGGCCCCCCCGUCGGAGCCGGGCAUCGAGCCGAAGUCCGAGCCGGAGGAGCUUCACCAAGCUCCCACGCUGCAUCCAGGCUCGGCCUCCCCUCCGGAGCCGGACCUGCCGCCGGAUCUUCCCGCUCUGGUGGUCGACACAGUCCCGGGCCAUUCGCUCGGUCAAGAUAGUGUGUCCCUUCCACCACCGCCCUCCGAGUCGCCACCGCCCCGGCCCCCGUCCCCGGCGCCCCCGCCGCAGCCACACCCGCCUCAAGAUGCCUUCCCCCCGCCCGAGGACAUGCCUCUUGUCAGUCCGCCGCUGUCGCCCACCCACACGAGCCCUCCUUCGCCGCAAGCGGGCGUCGAUUCCGCCGGGGCCCGCGGCUUCGACGCCUAUCACUCGCCGGCAUUGCCCCAUGACGGGGGCUCCAACCCGGAUGCCAGCUCUGCCCCGACGCACUACUCGUACCAUGAUGCCGGGGUGGCCGGCAGCGACUCCUACUCGGCGUCUGCCUCGCAUCCGGCGUCGCCGUACCUCGGGCCGCCAGCCCCGCCGACCGACUCGCCGUCCCUCGGCCAGUAUCACCACCAGCCCCACAUGGCGGGCAAUGAGCCGCAGCAUCAGCAACACCCGCACCACCAGCCUCACCUGGUGGGCCACCACGGCCACUAUGGCGGCGAUCAUUCGUCCCAGCAGCAACAUCCGCACCAGCAGCCGGUGUCCUCAUCGGCAUCAUCCUCCGGCAUGCCCUCGCACCAUGGCCAUCAUGGCUAUCAUGAGCCCGAGGCGGGGCGCCUGUCGGCUGUGCCCGCUCGGCCCGCAUACCACCCCGCCCCCCACCACCACCACCACCACCAUUCGUAUGGGGACCCGCUGCCUCCGCCCCUUUCGCCGCCGAUGCUCAUCUCGCCGGUGGCCAGCACCCACCCCUCGCCCUCGGCCAGCAUGGCAGACCUGCAAUUGGAGGCCGGCCAUCAUUCCCGGUCGUCCGGGCACAUGCUUCCGCCCCUGCCCCCGGGGCACAUGCAUUCGCUGCCUCCGCCCCCGCUCCUGGCACCCUCCUCACACCAUGCCUCUCCCCCGAGUGCCGCUCAUUAUGAAGCCCAGCUGGCCGCCGCGCGGGAAGAUUCCCGCAUCGAGGAGGAGGCCGUCCAGUGCCUGGUCCCCAUGCUCUUUGCCAUGGCAUCGACCUCUCUCGGCGGUGGCGCAGGCGGCCCCGGUGAUGAGCCUCACCCGGCCGACAGCCGGGCCAGCUCGCCAAGUGGGCGCUUCGCCCCGGCGGUCCCCUCGAACCAGGAGCUGUUCGUCUGGGCGGUGGACUAUGUCCGAGGCAGUGCCUCCAACGCUCGGACUGUCCUCACCUUGGCCAAGGCCGACCCCGCGGCUUGUCUCUUCUACCUGCGGUCGAAGUUCCUCCAGCCGCCAGAGCCCAUGGGUCUUGCCCCGAGGCCGCCGAUGCUGGCUCUUCCCCCGCCGCCGGGCCCUGCCCCGGGCCCACCGUCACUAUCCCUCUCCAUUGGGUCCUUCUCGACGGGCGAUCACUUGCUGCCAUCUUCCCUGCCGGGCUCGAUGCCGCCCUCGCCAACGGCCACCCUGCACAGCUGCAGCGGUGCCAGUGACACUGGUGGCGGUGGCGCCGGCGGGGCCGGCCCUCCUUCACACCUGUCCUUUAGCGGCUCCUCGCACCACCUCCUGUCGCCCUCGUGUGAAAGUCCGGUUCUUCCGUCGGCGGCUCCCCUGUCGGCGGGCCCUUCGCCAACCAUGCACCACCCGUCGUCACUCCUGAUGUCGCCCCAUCCCCCGGGCGGAGGUGGGGGGGACAAUGGCAGCGGCACAGCCGGGGAUUUGCAUUCGCCGAGCACGGCCGACGUGCACUCCGCUCCGACCGGCGAUCUGGGCCACGACCAUGCCCGUUCGCAGGAGCCGCAGCAGCAACAGCAGCAGCAGCCGCAGCCGCAGCCGCAGCCGCAGCCGCAGCAACAGCAACAGCAGCAGCAGCAGCAGCAGCAGUCGCAGUCGCAGCAGCAUCACCACCAGCAUCAGCAUCAGCAUCAGCAUCAGCACCACCUCCCGGUCCCCUCGGACUCGCAUCACCACCAUCAUCACUACCAGCCGCACCACUACCACUCGGUCGCGCCGGAACCCCAUCACCACCAUCACCACUACCCGCAGCAGCAGCAGCAGCAGCCACAGCAGCAGCCACCACCGCCGCCCCCACCCCCGCCGUCGGAUCCCUCAGCUCCCCAUCACCACCCCCAUCAUGCCUACCAAACGGUCCCCACUCAGCAUGACUACCACCCGCAUGCACACGCCCAUGCCCAUGCGCACCCGCAUGGGCAUGAUCUUCCGCAGCCCCACGGGAGCAUGGCGACCGAGCACGGCCCCGGGGCAUGCUCUCCUCCUCCGCCGCCGCCGCCGCCGCCGCCGCCGGCUCCCAUGCCUCCUGGCCCCUCAUACCCGGGGGCCGACAUGUAUGCAGGCUCGGGCGGCGAGCCGGCGACGACCGAUGCCCCGGUCAGCCGAUCCAACAGUCGGCUUGCCCUGCUCGAGGCCCUUCCUCCAUCGACGGAAGCUGGCAACUCGGCCGGCCCCGGGCCAACAGCCGUUCCCGAAGCGAGCGUGCCUCUGGCAGAUUGCCAGCAGCCUCAUGCGGCGAAGUCCGCCCAGGCCGAUGACCUGCCAGCCAUCCUCAUUGUUCCCGGAACCAGCGGCGGCUCCGAGGCCAUCGGCUCUCCGUCGUCCAAUGGGUCGGGCUUCUUGGACCGGCCCCUGGCCGCCUCCCCGAGCCCGGCCUCGCUCGGAACUCUGACCAGUACGGACUUCGAUCUGCCGCCGCUGGUCGUUGAGACUGGGUCCUCGACGGCUCCCCCUUUCCAUGUCCCCCCACCGGACCUGACACAGACAGCCUCCUCUCCGCAGUACACCUACUACGGUCAAGGGUAGCACUCUGCUGGCCCCCUCACCUCCUGUCCUUGACCUUGUUCUCUCUCUCCCUCUCCCCCCCUUUUUGUCCUUGCGGGGCUGCCCGUGAAAGGCCGCGCCCCGAAUACAGUCUCCCAUCUCCCC